AUGGCCCGGGCCAGCGGCGGGCGGCAGCUGCCGGCGGAGCUCGCUGCGGAGCCGCCGGAGAGUUACCAGCUGCGGCAGGAGAACGAGCUCCAGGUGCUGGAGUCCAUUUACGGGCAGGACUUCCAGGACCUGCGGCAGAGCCAGGCCUGGAAGGUACGACAGCCUCCUGAAAUUAAUUUAGUUCUGCGUCCUCAGGGAUUGACCGGUGCUAAUGAAGUGUAUGCCAAAGUUGACCUGUGGGUCAAGUGUCCUCAUACUUACCCUGAUACAGUUCCUGAAAUACAGCUAAAAAAUUCAAAAGGCUUGUCAAAUGAGAAAAUAAAUGAACUAAAAUCCAGACUAACUGAAUUAGCAAAACAGUGCUGUGGAGAGGUCAUGAUAUUUGAACUUGCUGACCAUGUACAGUCAUUUCUCAGUGAGUAUAAUAAACCACCUUCCAAGUCUUUUCAUGAAGAAAUGCUAAAAAACCAUCAGAAAGAACAGGAAAGAUUGGCUCAGGAGGAAUUGCGUAAGGCACAAGAAGUUAAGAGAAGAGAGGAGCAGGAGCAACGUGAAAUCCUUAAUGAGAUUCAGAGAAGGGAGGAAGAGAAAAGGGAAGAAAGAAAAAAGAAGGAGAUUGCCAAACAGGAACGUUUGGAGAUAGCUGCUCUGACAAAUCAAGAAGAUUCUCACAGGAGAGAUACUGCAGGACCUAGAGCUGCUUCACGUUUCAAUGGGAGCUGUUUGGAACAUGGGGUGAAUAAUAAACACCGACCAAAUUCAGCUGGACGUUCCAAACGAGAACGCCAGCUUUCUGUUAGUAAUAAUGAAGAGUCCCCUGGAAAUCACGAAGUUCUGAACUUCAGCACAAGUGGUGCUGGACAGCUUACUGUCCAUAAAGGAAAAUGUCUAGGCAGAGAUGAACAGCUUGGUAAAUCUGUCUACAAUGCCUUGGAAAUUCACGGUGGAGACUUUGUUCUAAUAUAUGAGUGGGUUCUGCACUGGCAAAAAAAGAUGGGAAAGUUUCUUACAACUCAUGAAAUAGAAAAGAUUGAGAAGUCUAAGAAACAGCUUCAGGGAGCAGAAACAGAGUUCAACUCACUGGCGAAGCUAAAUCACCCAAACAUAGUACAUUACAAAUGUAUGAACCUCCAAGAACGGGACAACUCAAUUGUGGUGGAUAUUUUAGUGGAGCACAUAAGUGGUUGUAGCCUUUCCACGUACUUGGACAAAGAGACUCCAGUUCCAGUUGAGCAGUUGCGCCAUUAUGUGAUCCAGAUCUUGUCAGCUCUCGACUACUUGCACAGUAAUUCAGUAGUGCACAAGGUCCUUUGUGCUUCCAGUGUCCUGGUAGAUGCUGAAGGAAACAUCAAGGUCACAGACUACAGCAUUUCCAAGCGCUUAGCUGACAUCUGCAAAGCUGAUGUUUUUGAGCAAACCAAGGUUCGCUUUAGUGAGGAUGGUCUUCCCUACAAACCUGGAAAAAAAGGGGAUGUGUGGCGUCUGGGCUUGCUUCUGCUGUCGCUCAGCCAGGGCCAAGCAACCAAGGAAUUCCCAGUUGCUGUGCCUACCAAUCUACCUGCUGACUUUCAAGACUUUUUAGAAAAGUGUGUUUGCUUGGAAGAUAAAGAAAGAUGGACUCCUCAGCAGCUGCUACAACAUAGUUUUAUAAACAUUCCACGAAUAAAGAUACCUGUAGCUGAAGAAAAUCUAGAUGAUUCAGGAGGUAUAGAUUGCAUGGAGACAGUUGUACCCAGCAGUCAGAUAUCCAGUGCUUCAUUCUUCACAGAAACACAGAGACAGUUUUCACGAUACUACAAUGAGUUUGAAGAGCUAAAAUUACUUGGUAAAGGGGCUUUUGGAGCAGUCAUCAAGGUGAGAAAUAAGCUUGAUGGUUGCUAUUAUGCUGUGAAACGUAUUCGCAUAAACCCCACCAGCAAGCAGUUCCGGAGGAUUAAGGGGGAAGUGACGUUGCUUUCCCGCUUGAACCAUGAGAAUAUUGUGAGGUAUUACAAUGCUUGGAUAGAAAAACAUGAAAGUCCUGUUCCCACUGUGUCAACAUCUGGAACGACUGACGAAAGGAGAGUGCCCCCCAAAGCUGGUCUCUUCAUCCUUUCCACUGAGGAGACAAAUGAUGUGGAAACUAAUGCUCCCCCUCCGUGUUUGACCAGUUCAGUUGAGUGGAGCACUUCGUGUGAAAGAUCCUCCAGCAACAAAUUCAGUGGAGCUGAUCAGGAGUCCAGCGACGAUGACGAUGAUGGUGACGGCGUGUUCUCCCAUUCAAUUUUGCCAACCACAGAUUCUGAAAGCGAAAUAAUUUUUGAAAAUGAAGAUGAAAAUAGUAAAGGUCAUUCUCCAAAUGAAGAAGGCAAUGAAAAGAACAGCCAUGGAGGAGAGGACAGGACAGCAGUCGUUCAGACAGUGCAUUAUCUGUACAUUCAGAUGGAAUAUUGUGAAAAAAGCACAUUGAGGGACACUAUUGACCAAGGGUUACAUGAAGACACCAGUCGGCUUUGGAGGCUUUUCCGAGAAAUUUUGGAUGGGUUAGCUUACAUCCAUGAGAAGGGAAUGAUCCACAGAGACUUGAAACCUGUGAACAUUUUUUUAGAUUCAGAUGAUCAUGUGAAAAUUGGUGAUUUUGGUUUAGCUACAGAUUAUCCAGCAAAUGCAGUGGUCUCUAAACAAGAGGAAAAUCUCUCGGAUGGUUCUGCUGUGUCUGACCCAUCAGGUAACCUGACAGGGAUGGUUGGCACCGCGCUGUACGUCAGCCCAGAGGUCCAAGGAAGCACUAAAUCUACAUACAAUCAGAAAGUGGACCUGUUCAGCCUAGGUAUAAUAUUCUUUGAAAUGUGUUAUCAUCCUAUGAAUACUGCAUCCGAAAGGAUCUUUGUUCUUGGUCAGCUAAGGCUGCCUGCGAUUGUAUUUCCUAAGGACUUUGAUGAAGUCAAGCAUGCAAAGCAGAGAUUGGUUAUUACGUGGCUCCUGAACCAUGAUCCUGCAGCACGACCAACUGCUGUGGAGCUGUUAAAAAGUGAACAUCUUCCACCACCCCAAAUGGAAGAGUCUGAGCUCCAUGAAGUCCUGCACCACACCUUGGCAAACGUGGAUGGCAAGGCCUACCGGACCAUGAUGAGUCAGAUAUUUGCACAGAGAAUAUCUCCAGCAAUAGACUAUACUUAUGACAGUGAUAUGCUGAAGGGUAGUUUUUCUAUUUGGGCAGCCAAGAUACAGCAGCAUGUAUGUGACAUUGUCAGCCGGAUAUUUAAAAGACACGGAGCCAUCAAGCUGCAUACUCCACUGCUGAUGCCCAGAAAUAAGAAGCUAUAUGAACAUAAUGAAGCUUCAUAUUUCAUGGAUCACAGUGGGAUGCUGGUAAUGCUUCCUUACGACCUCAGAAUUCCUUUUGCAAGAUUUGUAGCUAGAAAUAACAUCUCAAACUUGAAAAGAUACUGUAUAGAGCGAGUUUUCAGACCUCGGAAGUUAGACCGCUGCCAUCCCAAAGAACUCCUAGAAUGUGCAUUUGACAUCAUUACAUCUACUGGAAAUAGCUUUUUGCCUAUAGCAGAAACCAUUUAUGCAAUUUCAGAAAUCAUUCAAGAAUUUUCAGUGCUACAGGAAAGAAAUUACAGUAUUUAUCUGAACCACACUGCCUUACUGAAAGCUAUACUUUUGCACUGUGGGAUACCAGAGGACAAACUCAAUCAAGUCUACAUCAUUCUCUAUGAUGCUGUGACUGAAAAGCUAACUAAAAGAGAAGUAGAAGCCAAGUUCUGUAAUCUUUCUCUCACAUCAGCUAGUCUUUCUCGACUCUAUAAAUUCAUUGAGCAGAAGGGAGAAGCAAGUAAUGUAUUUCCCUUUCUAAACACAAUGAUAAAACAAAAGCCAAGUGUCACUCAGCUGUUGAAGCAUGGCAUGAAGGAUUUAGAGGAAAUCAUUUGUCUGUUAAAGCAACUGGGAAUAAAACUUCAGAUCUCUAUAAAUCUGGGACUGGUUUACAAAAUACAGCAGCACAAUGGUAUUAUCUUUCAGUUUAUAGCAUACAUCAAAAGAAGACAAAGAACUGUGCCUGAAAUUCUUGCUGCAGGAGGCAGAUAUGAUCAUCUGAUUCCACAGUUCAGAGGGCCACAGACAGUAGGACCAGUUCCUUCAGCUGUUGGAGUCAGCAUAGCUAUAGAUAAAAUAACUGCUGCUGUUUCCAGCGUGGAGGAUUCUGUUUCUGUCAGCUCAUGUGACCUGCUGGUUGUAAGUGUUGGUCAGAUGUCAAUGGGUAGAGCUAUCAACAUUGUUCAGAAAUUCUGGACUGCAGGAAUUCCAGCUGAAAUAAUGUAUGACUGGUCCCAGUCCCAGGAAGAACUGCAGGAAUACUGCAGGUGCUCUGGGAUUACAUAUGUGGCUCUGGUGUCAGAGAAAGAAGGAAGUCAUGUGAAAGUGAAAUCCUUUGAGAAAGACAGGCAGACAGAGAAAAGGAUUUUGGAGUCUGACUUAGUAGAUCACCUGAUCCAGAAACUGAAAAUGAGAAUCGGUGACGAAAGAUGCAGUAGAGAAACCGCAGAUAAUCUUUCAAUACCAAAUCAAAAAGGAUCAUUUACUAAUAUUUCAGGUGUGUUUGAAUCACAUGGAACUCUUGCAGUGCCUAACGUUAGUGUUAUAGCCCCUGAAAAAUUGUCUGCCAGUGCCAGGCGGCGUCAAGAAAUUCAGGUGCAAACAAGACUUCAGGCAUUCAUUUCUAGCCUGCAACAAAAAACAAGUGAGAUUGAGAUUUUAGCAGUUGAUCUGCCAAAAGCAACUGUGAUACACUUCUUAUCAUUAGAGCUUGAUGGAGAUAGACAAGCCUUUGAUGCUACUGUGAGACAACUGAUGUCACGAUGGCCCAAGCAGAGAUCUUCAUAUUUACAAGCAAUUUGUGAUGAAAUUUACAGUCUCAAAAUGGAAAAGAGGGUUUCUGCACUUAUCCUGUACAGUUACCGAGAUGAAUACAAGGUUUUGUUUUAGUACUUAAAGCAUCAUUUAUGGGAUGCUUCUACAAUUGGACAACACCGUUUUGUCAAAUGGAAUUUCAAAAAGCUGCAAUAAUGCAAGACAGGGAACUAGGGCCUAUUUCUGUGUCCAGACUGCCUUUCAUGUAUACUAUUGGCCUGGUUCUGGCCAGGACAAGGUUAAUAUUUGCUGUAGCUCGGAGGCAUGGCCAGCACCCAGAGGUGGAUCUGUGCCACCUCACACCCUUCCAGGUGGGCACAGCAUGGCAGAGGGAGCACUUGGGCCGUUUCUGUGGACUCGUUCACCCUUCCUGUACUCUGUGCCACUGGUAUUGCUGCUGUUACUGUUUUCUUAUCUCAUGGCUGUUUCCAGUAUACUCUUACCUCAGCCUGUGCUCUUCACCUUCUGUGCUUCCCAAUUCUCCUCUCCAGCCACCCGCAGCGGGAGGGGGUAGUGGGUGGCACAUGCAUUCAGCUGGAGCACUAAACUGGAGAAUGACAUUCCUAAACCACAACAAAUACAAAACUAAAUGCUUUCAAAAUGUGGAAUUAGUUGUUCUGUACGCAAUUAAGGAGCAAGUCUUGACUAGAGCCACAGAUAGGUAUUGCCAUGUAGUUCUUGCCUCUUAUGCUACACAAAUCAGCUGUACAGAUGUAAAACUACUUUUUGUAACAAUUGUUUCAGAAUGCCUUUUGUGCAACAAUAGUACUGCAACAAGAAACAUCCAUUCUAGAAUUAUAAAUGAAAAUUGUUUUAAACAUUUUUGAGGAAUUUUUAUGUAAUAAAAACUGCUGAGCCCUAUUGAAAUACU